AUGGCGACCGGAAUCGAGGCUGUCGGGCUGGCCUUGGCCAUUCUUCCCGUGGUCGUGAACCAAGUGGAUAACUAUGCCCGUGGACUGGAAAGAAUAAAAGUCCUUCGUCGAUACAAAUGGCAACUAGAGGAAUAUUCCGUUGGUUUGAGUGCACAGUACGCCAUCUUACUGAAUACUCUGGAGCUGUCUCUCGAGGGUGUUGUGGACGAUCGCAAUCGAGCUGAGUUGAUUAGGAACCCGAGAGGUCCAGGGUGGAGGGAUGCGGCAUUUGAAGACCGUCUGGCUGAUAAGCUGGGCCGUGACUAUAUGCCAUUCACAGCAACUGUGAAGGGAUUGUGUGGUCUUCUGGAAGAUCUAUCUCAUCGACUUGGAUUGGACAACACGGAUUAUUCCACGAUUGCAUCAACAAAGCCUCUAGGCGCCUUGAAAUUCCGCAAAAUAUUUUCUACUGCUAUCUACGAUGAUCUGCUUGACAAGAUCAAUAAGACGAAUCUGACGCUCAAGACACUCAGCGAGCAGUCUCAACACCGUGUGCAAUCAGGACCAGAUCCAAGACGACGAAGAAUUCUGCAACGACACCGGGACCAAAGGAGACAUGCAAGAGCUUUAUAUAAGAUCAUGGUUCAAGAAAGACAAUGCUGGAAUUGUCCUUGUCAGGAUGCGCACUCAAUUGGACUUCAAUUGGACUCGAAUCUUGAAUCCACGCCAGCUUUCCACAUACUGAUAUCACCACCAAAUACCACAUCCCCUUGUACGCGGCAGUGGAGCGAAGUCAAAGUGCAGGCUAGUGAGAGUAAAAUCGCUCAAAGUGUGACGCAUUGCAUUUGCUUUAACUCACAGUCAAAGGGGAAGGUCAAGGUCAAUUCAACUACAUACUGCACGGAUUCGCGGCACACAGCAUCCCAGUCUCAGGGAACACCGGUCACCAACCUAUGUUACGUCUUGAAUGAACAGGACAUUGAUUUAUUGGGAUAUUUGUCCAGUAAAAAUGCCACAUCCGAUGCCAGAUACACUGUUACCCGGCUCGCCAACUCCCAAGACGAAGUGUACCGGUAUUCAUUACGAGACACACUUCUGGUCUCAUCUCCAGCGGUACAGCCAGAUCAGCGUAUAGAAGGAAUGAGCCGCCAGGACAGCCUCCACCUCGCCACUGUUCUCGCAUCCAGUGUUUUUCAUUUCCACGGAACCUGGCUUCAAGAGAAAUGGGGAACGCAGGAUAUCCUAUUCAUUCGCACCAAGGAUGCCCUACAUCCCCGGUAUCAACGUCCAUAUCUUAUUCGACGUGUGUCAAGCAUACACCAGCCAGAACUGAAUGACUCCACAUCGCAUAAAGGAAAAAGCCGACAGUGGAUAUCAAAUGAGGUUCUCUUUCCGCUUGCCUUGGUGCUAAUUGAGCUCUCCCUAGGGUCUUCCAUUAGCUCACUUAUCCUUCCCCAAGAUGAGGGCUCAUCUGAGCAAGAGGUCUUUUUCAAUGCUGCUACACGCCUUCUUCAUCGGAGAGUAUAUAUGACAAGUGGGUUGGGCUAUGGGGAUGUGGUUAAAGAAUGCCUCUAUUGGUCCAGAGAUGGCGGCUUCGACGAUGCUCAGUUUGACGAAUCGGUACUUGACAUGAUUGUCUCUCCUUUACUCAAGGAUUUCAAUUAUUUUGUUGGAGCGGUAAAUUGA